GCUGUUGAAAAACACGGGAACGUAAGGUGGUUGGAGCCCGUGUUGGUGAUCUCUUGGGACGUAGGAGUCAACUCCCCCUCAUACACCACUACCGCUCGCUCCUGCAUUAUUUUUUGCUCGAGAUGUCAGCAGCAGCAGCAGCAGCAGAAGCAAGCAUUGACGCGGAGCCGAGCCCCACCGCCAUCACCGCGACGACGACGGCUCUCCUCGUUAUCGACAUGCAGAGAGAUUUCCUCGAGCCGGGAGGCUUUGGAGAGUCCCUCGGCAACGACGUCUCCGUCCUGCGGACGGCCAUCGCGCCGUGUUCUCAGCUGCUCAGCGCCUGCAGGGCCUGCCCCGGGUUGCUCGUCUGCCACACCCGCGAGGGUCACAGACCAGAUCUCUCGGAUCUACCCAGGCACAAGCUGAUGCAGAGUCCAGAGGGUAAGAGGAUCGGUGACCUUGGCCCAAUGGGGCGCAUCCUCGUGAGGGGGGAGAGAGGGCACGAUAUCAUCCCUGAGUUAUACCCCCUGCCGAUGGAACCGUGCGUCGACAAGCCCGGCAAGGGGGCGUUCUUUUCCACCGACCUCGAAACAAUAUUGCGGUCUCGCGGGAUAGAGACUCUGAUUGUUUGCGGCGUUACCACCGAGGUCUGCGUACAUACCACCGUGCGAGAGGCUAACGACCGAGGCUUCGCCUGUGUCGUGGUCGACGAGGCUUGCUCCUCCUUCUUUCCGGAGUUCCACAGGGUGGGCCUGUCCAUGGUCAAGGCUCAGGGAGGAAUCUUCGGCAAGGUCGCGUCGGUGGCAAGCGUGGUCAGGGCCGUGCGCGAGCUCGCCGUUGCCGGUGCAGGCGCCGCCGACUCUUCCUCCUGAUACGUCGUGUUGUUCAAUAGCACACAUGCUCGGGUUCUCCCCUCCGUGGAACAUGUAAAUAGGUGGGAAGGUGCUUGCUGAUAGCGUUGCCUCCCGAGGUUCUCCGUAAGCUUUGGGGUAGAGGGACCAGAGCUGUCAGAGCGGCGACGGCAGGCUGGGUGUGCGGGUUUUUGUGCGUGUUGUUUGUUGUGAGCAAAAUGC